CAAUGUCGGAGCCAAUUCUAUAAUUAUAAUUAUAAAUAUGUCUCGACUCUCUUGUUCUCGGUAUCUAAAAUCUAUAUAGUUGUAAUAGAUGCCUACAUUUUACGGGGAAAUCAAUUAAUAAUGAAUUCUUACUCUAGCUUCUUAUAACAUAUUCUACUCAUAUUCAAUUGGAAUUGGGUUGUCCUUGAAUAUCUACUUUUUCAAGUUAUCUUAAUGCUUCCCACCAUUCCUUAAUCCACGAGAGCCAUUUCCUUCUUAGCAAUUUCGUCGUUGCAGAAACUUAGAUACUUAACUUACUGACUCGCUUUUAUCUGGAGGACACGAGGCUUCACGCCCCGCGUUACGAUGGAUUCCAGCAAGGAGCAAUUGUUAAGCCCAAACUCCGAGCACGAGUACGAACACUUUCGUCGAUCCUACGAUGCUCGUUCGUCCUUCGAUCUUGACUCCGAUCUAGACGCGACCGAAUUUUUACAGUCCGAUCCCCUUACCUCCUCUAAACCGUCUUCCUCUGCUGCUGCUUUCUCGACACAACCUCGUAGUCGCUGGCUGCGGAAACCGUGCGGAUGCCUCGCCGGCCGAUCGACUAGAUGUAUAAUCGGUUGCCUUGGCCUUUUUGCAUUGGUAUGGUUGGCUCUCGGUGCGGGGGGUUUCUUUGCGUUUAAAAAAUACAAACAAGCGCCGCCAGAUGGCUUGUCGCCACCAUGGUAUCCGACACCCAAGGGUGGUACCGCGAGGAGUUGGGCCGACAGUUAUCGGAAGGCGAGCGAAAUGGUUGCCAAGAUGACACUACCUGAAAAGGUAAAUGUGACAACAGGAACGGGAUGGAAGAUGGGACCGGCCGUGGGAAAUACCGGCCCUGCGAUCCACGUAGGGUUUCCCGCCCUGGCACUUCAGGAUGGGCCUUUGGGUAUCCGCUUUGCCGACAAUGCCACCGCAUUUCCGGCCGGCGUCACUGUUGGAGCAACGUGGAAUAAAGAUCUGAUGUAUCGAUGGGGAAAUGCUCACGCGAUAGAGGCCAGGAAAAAAGGUAUAAAUGUGAUAUUAGGUCCUUGCAUAGGCCCGUUAGGUCGUAUGCCCGCAGGCGGAAGAAACUGGGAAGGUUUUGGAGCAGAUCCCUAUCUUCAAGGCAUUGCAGCGGCUGAAUCUAUCAAGGGAAUCCAAGAUGAGGGUGUUAUGGCUACUAUCAAACAUCUCGUCGCAAACGAACAGGAACACUUUCGUCAAUCGUGGGAAUGGGGUCUGCCGAAUGCUCUGAGCGCCAAUAUCGAUGACCGGACGAUGCACGAGUUGUACUUGUGGCCAUUUAGUGAUGCGGUGAAGGCGGGUGUGGCCAGUAUUAUGUGCAGUUAUAACAUGAUCAACAACUCGUAUGCAUGUGGGAACUCGAAACUUCUAAACGGACUGUUACGAGAUGAAAUGGGUUUCCAAGGCUUCGUCAUGAGCGACUGGCUAGCUCAGAGAAGUGGCGUUGCUAGCGCUCUGGCUGGUCUAGAUAUGACUAUGCCUGGCGACGGUCUAUUCUGGGAGGACGGCAAAUCUCUCUGGGGUCCUGAGCUUACGAGGUCUAUUAUUAAUGGCUCUGUGCCGUUGGAAAGGUUGAAUGAUAUGGUAACUCGAAUUGUUGCUGCUUGGUACCAGCUAGGUCAGGAUGAUGAGUCCAAGUUUGACCGCAAAGGACCCAAUUUUUCUUCUUGGACAGACGAACCCGAAGGUGUAUUUGCGCCAGGCAGUCCUACGAAACAGGAAUCAAUUCCGGUGAAUCAGUAUAUCAACGUGAUGGCUGAUCACGCGUCCAUUGCGCGGCAAGUUGCAGCUGAAGGCACUGUUCUCCUGAAAAACGAAGGGCUGCUGCCUCUCACCCGAGAUAAUGGUACCCAUUCAAAUGAGACAAAAUCGCGUGAAAGUCCACUUCAGGUCGCCAUAUUUGGCGAGGACGCUGGUCCCGGUCAAGGUCCUAAUCACUGUCCGGAUCGCGGUUGUAACCAAGGAACACUAGCCUCAGGUUGGGGUUCUGGUUCGGUGGAGUUCCCUUACCUCGUCACCCCGGUCGAGGCAUUAGUUAAGAGUUGGGAAGAUAAUAAGGCAGUAAAUGUGUCUACCUAUCUAACGAACAAGCCACCAUUUUCGAAACAACCUGGAAUCUUACAAGAUGCCUACUUAUGUAUCGUUUUCGCGAACGCUGACUCCGGCGAAGGGUAUAAGGCCUGGGAGGGAGUGAAUGGUGAUCGACCUGACCUCUUCUUGCAGAAAGGUGGAGAUGAUUUGAUCGUCCAAGUAGCACAAGGAUGCCACGGUGGUGAUGGCGAUGUGCUUGUCGUCAUACAUACGGUUGGUCCUGUCGUGAUGGAGAAGUGGAUCGAUCUACCUAAUAUUAAAGCGGUGCUCCUUGCGAACCUUCCUGGCCAAGAGAGCGGCAACGCCUUAGUAGAUAUCCUCUUUGGGGAUGUCAACCCUAGCGGAAAGCUUCCAUGGACUAUAGGAAAGACCUUGGACGACUACGGCGAGGGUGCUAAAGUCAUGUUUUUGCCAAAUGGCGUUGUGCCCCAGCAAGACUUCAAAGAAGGAUUAUAUGUCGAUUAUCGUUACUUCGACAAGUAUGAGAUAGAGCCACGGUUCGAGUUCGGGUUCGGGCUAAGUUACACCACCUUCGAAAUCGCCGAACCCGUCGUCAAACAGCUCAAAGCGAAGGCCCCACUUCCUUCACCACGACCCAAGGAUUUCGCUGUCCCACCCGAGUAUGAUUCUAGCAUUCCCGACGAAGAGGAGGUACUCUUCCCGGAUGGUUUCCAUAAACUUGAGAAAUACGUCUAUCCCUAUCUUGAUGCUGUCGACGAUAUAGUGUCUGAACCAUAUCCAUACCCUGAUGGUUAUGAUAUUAAGCAACCCUUAUCCGGCGCAGGAGGUGAUGAGGGAGGAAACCCCGACCUCUGGGAGAUUUACGUUACGGUGUCUGUUAACGUCACGAACACUGGUGGUAAGGCGGGCAAAGUUGUCCCACAGUUGUAUCUGAGCUAUCCCCAUACUGUUUCGUCAGUUGACUUCCCAAUUAAGGUAUUACGAGGAUUCGAUAAGUUAUUUCUAGAGAAAGAUGAGACAAAGACGGUUAGAUUCAACUUGACUAGACGGGAUUUGAGCUAUUGGGAUUCCGAGCUGCAAAAUUGGUCUAUGGUUGUCGAUGGAGAGUACAAAUUUACGGUCGGUAGGAGUUCAAGAGAUCUACCUGUUUCGACAACUUGGUAGCCCACGUACAGCCAAAGCCCGAUGAACAAUACGACAUACGGGCUAAUUCCCAAUUUUUGCAUUUAUAGCAUAGGCGAAGGGAGUAGGUGUCGCGGGGAAAACCAUCAUCUUGUUAUGGCGUUUAUUUAUUGUUGUCUAGCGUUAUUCGACCCAGUUCGUGAACAAUGAAUUAUGGAAAUUAUUCUUGAAA